UAUCUUAGCCCCGUACUCAAAAAUUCAAAGUUCAAAGAAACUGGUUGCAUUACACCUGAAGAGUUUAUAGCUGCCGGUGACUUUUUGGUCUACAAAUGUCCGACUUGGAAAUGGGAAAUCGGUGAAGUGAGCAAAAGACGAGAUUACCUUCCAAUUGAAAAGCAAUUUCUUAUUACAAAAAAUGUUCCUUGCUUAAGACGCGUUAAACAGAUGGAAUAUACAGAUGAAGAUGCUGAAACUCAAAUCGAAACCGAGAAUGGCGAAGAUGCAUGGGUUGCCACUCAUAGUGGUCGUGCAACAACAAAUAUUGAGGAAAUCGCACAGAUUGAAGGUGAAGAAGAUGAAAUUUGCAAAAAAAUUAGUAACAUUGUAUUGGAAGAAGCGAAUGAGAAGGAGGAAGUCGACGUUCCUGAUAUCAACGAUAUUCCAGACAUGGAUGAUAUUGGUGACGGUGUGGCUGAAGAAGAUGAUCCAGCAACGUUAGCUGAAGCUAACAACACUGGAACAUCGGCAAAUGACGAUGGACCAAGUGAUAAAAUUCUUCAAGUGCGAACAUACGACGUAUUUAUUACAUAUGAUAAAUAUUAUCAAACACCUCGUAUGUGGCUAUUUGGCUACGAUGAGCAUCGACGGCCACUGACUUCGAUCCAAACCUUUGAAGAUAUUUCCCAAGACUAUGCCAAAAAAACCGUAACUAUUGAAACUCAUCCACAUUUGAAUAUGUCUUUGGCUAGUAUUCAUCCAUGUCGUCAUGCUCAAGUUAUGAAAAAGAUUAUCGAAAAGAUGAAUGAAGAAAGCAUAAAAAAAUUUGAAUUACUUCAGCAGCAAUUUGGGAAUGCUGCAGAUUCUAACGCUCCGUCAGUGGAGCAAGCACAAGUGAGAGUUGAUCAGUGA